AACGUACACAUUUCCAUGAUAAAAACAUACAAGGGAAGCAGGGUAUAUUUUCAUCCAGCGUUUCCUCAGUAAAUUGUCACAGAAGUCAUGUCUUCCAAGAAACUAAUCAACUCAGUGGACAGCUGCGUAGACGAGGCGCUGGAGGGUUUGGUGAUUGUGAACCCGGGUCUCCGAGUGCUACAAGGACAUCGGGUGGUGGUCCGCCAUGACAUAGAGGAUGUGAUCAAAGAAGGAAAAGUGACUCUGCUGUGUGGGGGAGGGUCUGGACAUGAGCCUGCACAUGCAGGUUACAUUGGAUCAGGAAUGUUGUCAGCAGCUGUAGCUGGUGCAGUGUUUACAUCCCCUCCCCCAAGUAGUAUACUGGCUGCUCUGAGGACCAUCAGUAAACCAGGGGCAGCUGGUUCGCUGAUCAUUGUUAAAAACUACACUGGGGACAGACUUAACUUUGGCCUGGCAGCAGAAAGGGCGAAAGCUGAUGGACUCAAGGUUAACAUGGUUGUCGUAGGAGAAGAUUGUGCUCUGACAUCAUCAGAUAAAACAGCUGGAAGAAGAGGCUUGUGUGGCACUGUUCUUAUUCACAAGAUUUGUGGUGCUUUGGCAGAAGAAGGGAAGAGUUUGGAGGAGAUUCAUCAAGUUGCCAGCAAUGCUGCCAAAAAUAUGGGAACAAUUGGUGUCAGUUUAACUCCCUGCAGCUUACCUGGGGCAGGACCAUCAUUUGAACUGAAAAGUGAUGAAAUGGAGCUGGGUCUUGGUAUACAUGGAGAGGCAGGUGUCAAAAGGACAAAGCUCUUGUCAGCCAAAGAAGUGGUGAAGAUGAUGUUGGAUCACAUGACCAAUCCACAAACAUCCACACACCUUGACCUCAAAAAGGGUGACAGAGUGGUGUGCAUGAUUAACAACCUUGGUGGAACUUCUGUUUUGGAAAUGAGCAUCAUCGCUAAAGAGGCAAUCCAACAGUUAGAGAGUCGAGGAGUGGUAGUGGAGAGAGCCUACAGUGGAUCCUUUAUGACAUCACUAGAGAUGGCUGGUGUCUCUAUAACUCUUCUACAUCUCGAUGAAACAAUCAAACGAUGCUUAGAUGCUGGCACCACUGCUCCAGGCUGGUCAGUGCCCCUGUUACCUGUAGGAAUAUCAACUCGGGAAACUCCAGGAGUUAUGCCCUACAGCCAAGAGGAUGUGGUGGCCAAAUCUACCGAUGCCGUCCAAGUACCAAAGGAGACUGCAGACAUGUUGUAUGAGAUGAUAAAGCUGUCCAUGGAGAGACUGAUGGCAGCAGAGACUGAGCUCAACACCCUGGACAAGGAGAGUGGGGACGGGGACUGUGGGUCUACCUUGGCCCGGGGGGCCAAAGCAAUUUUACAAAGUCUGGGUUCAAAAGACAACCCUAGUCUGCCUGUAGGAGUCCCGGCCAAUCUGGCUCUGUCCCUGGCGAGGAUCGUAGAGGAUUCCAUGGGAGGAUCAUCAGGAGCACUCUACAGUUUGUUUCUUACAUCUGCAUCCCAAUGUCUGCAGUCCUCUGUGACUCCUAACGACUGGGUGAGGGCUUUAUUGAAUGGAAACAGCACAGUCAUGAGAUAUGGAAGAGCUGAGCCAGGUGACAGGACAAUGAUUGAUUCCCUCGUGGCAGCAGGUACAACACUGUCUGAGAAAAUAUCAUCCUGUACACCUGUGCAAGCUUUAGAAGCAUCAGUAAAGGCAGCAGAAUCAGCUGCUCAGGCCACUGCCAGCAUGAAGGCCAAGGCUGGUCGCGCCAGUUAUGUGAGUGCGGAUAGGUUAAAGAGCCCGGACCCAGGGGCAGUGUCCGUCACCUAUUGGAUGAGGGCCGUAUUAGAGGUCCUUCAAAAGCAAGGAUAGAGGUCCUCCAAAGGCUGGGGUAGAAGUCCCUGGAUCCCAUGCAGGGGUUCCUCAAAGGUGCUAAAAUUUUUAAUAUACCCCCAAAAAUAUUUGAGGACUUGACUUAUUGCAUACCCCGGUAUAUCAUUUUUAUGUUAUUUCAUUAAGAAAAAUAAAAUGGAUAUGAUUAAAAUGGAGAUAUGAUUUGAGGUUGAUUUUAAGGUACUUAAUUAUAUUUUUAGAAUUACAUUGUACAGGGUAUUACAAGUGUCAAAAGGACUACAUGCAGCUAUGGCUUAAAUCCCCAUGUCAGAUGUAUUAAAAGCAGGGCUUUAUAGAUCAUGUAUUAGCAUUUCCUUGUAUCAUCUUAUUUUCAUAAUGAGUUCUUCAAAUCAAGAUCUUCAACCAUGUGAUUACUAUAUUGUAUCCAAAUUAUGUCUCAUUUUUUGACACAUGUUUUUAUGUUAUUGUUUUUUAACUGUAGUAAAUGGCACAGACUGCAUGAUGUUCUUUGUUUGUCACAUAGAUAUUAGGGCAUUGUGAUUUUCUUUAAUUAUCUUUGAUUUACAUGUAUUGAUUUACAUGUUGGUUAUAUGUACGUUAUAUAUGUAUACUUAUCAAAUGAUUUUUGUUAUGCAUUGCCAGGCAAAUAUACAAAAUAUUUCUAUUAACAUGUAUAUAAAAGGUGCCUAUUUUGAUGAAAACUGUGAUAUGUCUACAUGAUUUUUUUAAUGAUAAUUAAAAAAUUUAAUUAUGAAGAAAAUCAUUUAAACCUACAAAUAAGGGCAUUUGGGUUUAACAUUGAUUUUUUGUAGAUCAUCAAUGUACAAUUUCUUUGAGUUUUGCUAUGCAUUGCAAGACAUAUAUAUUUAUACAACGUAAUUCUUGUAAUUUGCCAGUAUGUACUAGUAAAAUUACCUACCUGAAUGAAAACUGUGAUACAAGUAAACUUUGUGUAUGUUGAUUAAAUUGACUUUGAUUUACAAGAUGAUACAAUAUAACGUUACAUUAUAGAUUAACUUUGAUUUUUGUUAUGCUUGGCAGAUACUAAGUACAUGUAUUUCUUUAGUUUGAUUCUACAUAUGUGUCAUAUAUUUGUGGGGCAUGUGUUGAUUUAAUAUAAAUAAAAGAAAUUAAAAUUAG